AAGUGCAGCUAGGAUUUUAGCAUUGUGAGUGUUGUUCCCCCGAGGUUUCCCUCCAACUCAAACUGCAUAAAUUCCGAAGUCUUUGUUCUCAGUACCAAAACCCUUAAACCCCUUCACGCCAUGAAGUCCCUUCUCAACCCAAAGUUUUCCGCUUUAUCCUCCAAAGCCUCUCCUUUUCCUCUGUUUUCACUACCGUCUCAACCCACGUCUCGAUUUUCUUUCCGCAGCAACUCACGUCAAAUUCCCAAUCGUCUUCUCCGCCUCAACCCACCUCCCUUUUCGUCCAAUAACUUCACUUGCACCAAUCAAAAUCGAAGCUUGCAAACAGAGCCAUCGCCACCUUCCUCCGGUGAGAUCCACGUCAUAGUGGGGCCCAUGUUCGCAGGAAAAACCACCUCGCUCCUCCGACGGAUUCAAUUGGAAACCGCCAACGGCAGAAAUGUAGCAGUAAUUAAAUCAAGCAAGGAUACACGAUAUGGAUUAGACUCAAUUGUUACACAUGAUGGUGCAAAAUUACCAUGUUGGGCACUGGCAAACUUAUCAUCAUUCAAGCAGAAGUUUGGAAUUGAUGCUUAUGAAAAGCUGGAUGUGAUUGGUAUUGAUGAAGCGCAAUUCUUCGAUGACCUUUAUGAAUUCUGCCGUGAAGCUGCUGACGAUGAUGGAAAAACUGUAAUAGUUGCAGGAUUAGAUGGGAACUACAUGAGGAGGAGCUUUGGUGGUGUUAUUGAUAUAAUUCCUCUUGCUGAUUCUGUAACCAAGUUAACUGCUACAUGUGAAAUAUGUAAAAGGCCGGCUUCCUUUACCCUGAGGAAGACACAGGAUAAACAGAUUGAAUUGAUUGGUGGAGUUGAUGUCUACAUGCCGGUGUGUCGGCAGCACUAUGUGAGUGGACAGGUAGCCGUCGAAGCUGCAAGGCAUGUCAUUCAAUCCCACAACCUUCAAUGCGGCUCCUAUACAUAAGCAGUUGUGUCAUAUCUAUAUUGUAGGCAACUAUCGAGUAGCUUAUUUUUCAGCUCUGAAUGGAAACCUGGUUUUUAUUUUUCUUCUUAUGAAGCGGCUAGUAUAUAGUAUAAUUUUAUGAAAAUCUCAUUGGUGUAAGUUUUGUUUAGCUUCAGACUGCUGGUACACUCGGACUAAUCAGUUUGAAAAUACUAAUGAUGUGUUCUACUUUAUUUUAUGUAAAUAUAAUUUCACUAUUGGUGUCUUGGCUUAGAAA